GAGCGAGCCGCGGGCUGCCAGCGGCCCCUACCCGUCCCAGCUCGGCUUAGCCCCCGCGGACUCCUCCAGGCCGCGCCCCCGGGGCAUCCUGUGCCGCCACGCCCUCCAUCUGUGUCCCGCGGUGACGGGGCAGCGCCAGGGUCCUCUGCUGGGCCCGCCCCUGGCCACAGCCAGACUGACUCAGUUUCCCUGGGAGGCCCCACUGGAGCCCGUCCUUCCCUUCCCUCUGCCUGCCCCCAGCCGUCGCCCCAGCCUCGGCGCCCGCACAUCUGCCUGGACCCCCGUGCGCAGGAUCCAGCCAGGUGGGAGCCCCGCAGAUGAGGUCUCUGAAGGUGUGCCUGAACCAGUGCCAGCCUGCCCUGUCUGCAGCACCAGCCUGAUGGGGUGGUGACCGAUCCCGCAGGCUCCGGAGCCAUGUGGCCCAACGGCAGUUCCCUGGGGCCCUGUUUCCGGCCCACAAACAUUACCCUGGAGGAGAGGCGGUUGAUCGCCUCGCCCUGGUUCGCCGCCUCCUUUUGCGUGGUGGGCCUGGCCUCCAACCUGCUGGCCCUGAGCGUGCUGGCGGGGGCGCGGCAGGGGGGUUCGCACACGCGCUCCUCCUUCCUCACCUUCCUCUGCGGCCUCGUCCUCACCGACUUCCUGGGGCUGCUGGUGACCGGUGCCAUCGUGGUGUCCCAGCACGCCGCGCUCUUCGAGUGGCACGCCGUGGACCCCGGCUGCCGUCUCUGCCGCUUCAUGGGCGUCGUCAUGAUCUUCUUCGGCCUGUCCCCGCUGCUGCUGGGGGCCACCAUGGCCUCGGAGCGUUUCCUAGGCAUCACCCGGCCCUUCUCGCGCCCGGCGGUCACCUCGCAGCGCCGCGCCUGGGCCACCGUGGGGCUGGUGUGGGCGGCCGCGCUGGCGCUGGGCCUGCUGCCCCUGCUGGGCCUGGGUCGCUACACCGUGCAAUACCCGGGGUCCUGGUGCUUCCUGACGCUGGGCACCGAGUCUGGGGACGUGGCCUUUGGGCUGCUCUUUUCCAUGCUGGGCGGCCUCUCGGUUGGGCUGUCCUUCCUGCUGAACACCGUCAGCGUGGCCACCCUGUGCCACGUCUACCACGGGCAGGAGGCGGCCCAGCAGCGUCCCCGGGACUCCGAGGUGGAGAUGAUGGCUCAGCUCCUGGGCAUCAUGCUGGUGGCCAGCGUGUGUUGGCUGCCCCUGCUGGCCAGCCCAUCUGCUGAGGAUUCAGGAACUGGGGGUGCUGGAUGGACAGUGGGCGUCAGCAGCAGGGUUUUGGGCCCCAGGAAGGGCGCGGGGACAUUGGAAGAGGGUCUUGCAUAG